AUGUUGGACCGCAUGCUCAGGGACAGAAUCAUUUGCGGGGUACGCUCAAGUCGUAUUCCAGUGUUGGGUGAGCUUCAACUCCAUGUGUGCUACAAAGGCGUGGACGUCGACUGCUCCCUGACUGUACUGGACUGUUCGGGACCAUGCCUAUGCGGCCGGGACCUCCUUGCUAAGCUGAAGGAUGCCGGGAUGUCUAUUCUGCAGUGGGCCGGACACGACUCUACAGCGCCAGACCCAAAAUGCAGCUCAUCAGUCAACAACAUCUUUAGUGACUACCAGGAUGUCUUCUCCAGGGACCUGGGAGUAAUCAAGGGACCUCCAGCCAGCCUGCAACUGAAAGACGGAGUUUCCCCCAAGUUCUGUAAGGCGAGACCCAUCCCUUAUGCGCUUCAGUUUACCUUGGUUACCGACCACCAGCCACUCCUGGGCCUCCUGAGAGCUGACCGACUGACUCCGGCAAUGCCCGCCGCCCGGAUUCAACGCUGGGCGCUUUACCUGGGUGGCUACCGUUACAAGCUGCACUACGUGCCAGGAAAGCAGUUGCUGAACUCGGACGCCCUAAGCAGAUUGCCGAUGCUGUCAACGGAGCCGGAAGAUGACGAGCCACCACAGGGACGUAAUGACUGGGCGGUACAACCGGACAGCACCGUCUAUGUGCGCAAUUACGGCGUCGGUGAGAAAUGGACACCCGGGCGCGUCAAGACCACAACAGGAGCCCGGAUGGCGACCGUGGAAACCCCCACAGCGGUUAUUCGGCGGCACACCGACCAAGUACGCCCCCGCCACGACGGAGCAGCAGCUACAUUACCCGACUACGCCGCCAUCCUCUACCACGAAGACGGACGCAGGUGGAGCUCAACCAGCGAUCCCCCGGCGGUCGACAAGACUUCGUAA